AUGGUCAAAGUCCUGAUCUUCCUCAGCGCGUUGGCCACUGCCGCUACGGCUGGCUCCGUCACGGAACUCCCCGAGUCUGUGUCUCAAGUGAACAUCGACACCAACUUGAAGCUGAACGGCCAACCCGUGGACAAGCGCAAGUUCGACAUGCCUCCCCAAACGGUAAACGCGCGGUACAAGCGUAAUGAGAACCAAAUUGUGUUCCCGGCCGGCAUUUUGCGUGCCCCGUACUUUGAUCUCAAAUACGAUGCAGCCCAGAACUUUGGUGGCAUCGGGGUGGUUAUCGGUCACGAAAUUACCCACGGGUUCGACAACCGCUUCCGUAAUUACGAUGGCGACGGUAACUUCAACCCGUGGUGGUCGAACGCCACCAACAUUACGUUCACGACAAAGACCCAGUGCCUUAGCGACCAGUACGCCAAAUUUGUCGUCAAUAGCGACCUAACUGGCGCUGUGUUGGGCAACAUCAGCGGCCAGCGGUCUUUGGGUGAAGCCAUUGCCGACAACGGGGGGCUCAAGACCAGUUUCCGUGCGUACCACGAGUACUUGAAGAAGUUCCCGUCGCAGUACACGGAAGAAACUGGCGACAAGUUGUUCUACUUGUCGUUCGCCCAAGUCUGGUGCUCCAAGAACACGGAUAGGUAUCUCCUCAGGGAUUUGAGGAGGAAGCACCCGCCCGAUCGGUUCCGCGUGACGGGGGCGUUGCAAAACAACGCUGAGUUUGCCCGUGUGUUUAAAUGUCCCACCAACUCGAACUUGAACCCGUCCAAGAAGUGCUUGUUGUGGGAAUAG